AUGGCUUUAUAUUCCUGUGGACGCUCAACUCUCCUAGCAGCACAUAUCCCCGUCUACGACUUCCUGGCCCCAAGCCUCAUUAACAUCACCCGAUCAACACGUUCAGUUCGACAUCUCUCAACAUCUGCAGCAUCCAAUGCCCAAGAUGCCUCCUCAAAUACUCCUGGGUCUGACGCUCAAUCCCACCCCAAACGGCCCUCCAAACCUCUAACCCAAGCUCAACGGGACUUCCUCACCAGCGCCCUCCGCGUAAACCAAGCCGGGGAACUCGCUGCCACUCUAAUCUACGCCGCCCAAACACCCCCAAUCGUAAAGGCACACCCACACCUCCGGCCACUAAUGAAACACAUGUACGACCAAGAAGCCGGCCACUUCGACACCUUCAACUCGCUGUUAGCAAAACACCGCAUCCGCCCAACAGCCAUGUAUCCAUUAUGGACAGUCGCUGCGUCCGCCCUGGGCUGGGGGACCGCGCUUUUAGGCCGCGAAGCAGCGAUGGCGUGUACGGAAGCCGUGGAAACGGAGAUAGGAGAUCAUUAUAAUGGGCAGUUGAGGUACUUGCUGGACAUGAUUGAGGGUAUGGAGAGUCGGGGGGAGGUGAUAGGGGAGGAUUUGAGGGAGCUGGUGGGAACUAUUCGGAGGAUUAGAGAUGAAGAAUUAGAGCAUUUGGAUCAUGCAGUGGAGAAUGAUGCCAAGAAGGCGGUACCGCAUGAGUUGCUUACGGGGGUUAUAAGGGCUGGGUGUAAGGGUGCAAUUUGGAUCAGUGAGAAGGUGUAA